CCCACGACCGGUCGGUUACGUAUGCUGGUCUACAGUGGUUGGGAAAAAGAGAAGAAAUGUAGCCAUCCGCCAACACAUGGAAUUGUAGCGAAAUAAGGGGAGAACUGGUUAAAAAAGUGACAGCUGAAGUCUGCGGGACGUGUCCAGAGAGAGACAACUUUAACCAUGGUUUCCAUCGACCAUGUGGCUCACAAAAUACUGACGUACUUCCCAUAUGUUCUUGUUUUGAUUGAUAUUAGGUUUCAAGGAGGGAAAUGUGGCAAGGAUGGGAGUGUGGACAAUCACAUGGAGAUGGGGAAGAAACUUCUUGCUGCUGGCCAGCUAGCUGAUGCCCUCUCUCAUUUCCAUGCAGCUGUGGAUAGAGAUCCCCAAAACUACAUGGCAUACUACAAAAGAGCUACAGUGUUUUUAGCAAUGGGGAAGUCAAAAUCAGCAUUGCCUGAUUUAAGUAGAGUCAUUGAACUCAAACCGGACUUCACAUCUGCACGGCUUCAGAGAGGAAAUCUUCUUCUGAAGCAGGGAAAGCUAGAUGAAGCGGAGAGUGACUUCAAGAAGGUGCUGAAGUCCAACCCCAGCGACAAAGAAGAGAAGGAGGCCCACAGCCAGCUGACAAAAUCAGAUGAAAUUCAGCGCCUGGUGGCUCAGUCACGCCGGAGCUUCGACGACAAGGAUUAUGUGACAGCUGCUGCACAGCUUGACACCGUCAUCGAGACGUGCAUUUGGGAUGUGACCUCUCGUGAGAUGCGAGCAGAGUGUUUCAUUCAGAUGGGAGAGAUGGGGAAAGCUAUCAGCGACCUUAAAGCUGCAUCCAAGUUAAAGAAUGACAAUACCCAGGCUUUCUACAAGCUGAGCACCAUCUACUAUAAUCUUGGAGACCAUGAGAUGUCCCUCAGUGAGGUGCGUGAGUGCUUGAAGUUGGAUCCUGAUAACAAGCAGUGUUACAGCCAUUACAAGCAAGUGAAGAAGCUCAACAAACAGAUCCAAGCUGCUGAGGAAUACAUCCAAGAACAAAGGUAUGAAGACGCAGUGAGCAAGUACGAGGCGGUGAUAACGACCGAGCCCAAUGUGCAACAUUUCUUGCUUCUUGCCAAGGAGCGAAUCUGCCAUGCACUAACACAGGCCCAGCAGGCUAGCAGAGCAAUCUCAGUCUGUAGCGAAGUCCUAAAGUCCAAUCCUGCGAAUGUUAAUGUGCUGAAGGACAGAGCUGAGGCCUAUCUCCAAGAUGAACAGUAUGAGGAAGCUGUUAAAGAUUACGAGACUGCUGCAAAACACAGCGAGGGGGACCGUCACAUCAAAGAAGGUCUGGAAAGAGCACAGCGGCUACUCAAACAGUCUCAGAAGAGGGAUUAUUAUAAGAUCCUUGGAGUGAAGAGAACUGCCCAGAAAAAGGAGAUUAUCAGAGCCUACAGGAAACUGGCACAACAGUGGCACCCAGACAACUUCCAGGAUCCGGAGGAAAAGAAGAAGGCAGAGAAGAAGUUCAUAGACAUCGCUCAGGCUAAGGAGGUUCUCACUGAUCCAGAGAUGAGAACCAAGUUUGACCACGGAGAAGACCCCAUGGAUCCAGAGAGCCAGCAGGGGCACCAUCAUCAUCACUUCCACGGCGGUUUCCACGGCUUUCAGGGUUUCAAUCCGUUUGGCUCCGGGCCCUUUAACUUCAAAUUCAACUUCAACUGAGGCGGCUUACUCUUCAGCACAGCUGGAGUGAAUAUUUGUACUUUCCUCCCUAUUUAAAAGGGAGAUCACUGGCAUAAAAAGACUGUUCACAAGUAUCAUAAAAAUGUGGAGCAUAAGGUGACUUGAUUCAGUGAGUCUAAUUAAUUAAAAAUGCAUCUUUGCUGUGGAAAUCAAAACUUUGGGGGAAAGGUCUCCUACUCUGCUAACAAAUAUCAGACUUGUGUGAAGCGGCUUUUAUCUGUCAGAUCUUACUCUUGUAUCCUCUCCACAAAUUGUACAAUCACUUCACAUCCAUUCGUAGGAAUGUAUUUGUACAGAGGUACAGUAUUAUUUUUGUAUGAAUGGAGGGUUUUUUGAACUGUAAAUAAAGAGCUAUUUAUGUACAA